UGUUUCCUUGGCGUGCUUCAUCCAUCACCCGCGAGGCUGAGCGAUCGAGCUAGGAAGAAGCGGAAGAGACCAGAGGAGGGGAGGAAGAAGCUUGGGGUUGCCGGCCAUGGCGAGCCUGAUGGACAAGGCCAAGGGGUUCGUUGCCGACAAGAUCGCGCACAUGCCCAAGCCGGAGGCGUCGCUGGACAAGGUGACCUUCAAGGGCAUGACCCGCGAGGCCAUCACCGUGCACAGCCACGUCAACGUCACCAACCCCUACUCCCACCGCAUCCCCAUCUGCGACAUCUCCUUCAACCUCAAGUGCGGCGGCAAGGAGGUGGCGAGCGGCACGAUCCCGGACCCGGGCUGGAUCGAGGACAGCGGCGAGGUCACCAAGCUGGAGGUGCCGGCCAAGGUGCCCUACGACUUCCUCAUCUCGCUCAUGAAGGACCUGGGGAGGGACUGGGACAUCGACUACGAGCUCCUCGUCAAGCUCACCAUCGACCUCCCCAUCAUCGGCAACUUCACCAUCCCGCUCGACACCGCCGGCGAGUUCAAGCUGCCCACCCUCAGCGACUUCUUCGGCGGCUCCGCCAAGACCGAGGAGGCCACCGCCUAGGCAUGAGCUCCAUCUAGCCCUGCUGUGCAGUCUGCAUCCGCAUGCCUGUACUCUGCGUUCGUCACAAUAAUGAGAGCAAAUAUGAUGAUUUCUUUCCA